AUGAAUGAGUCGCUGGUGGUGAAUGACUCCUCUGCAACUCCUGCGGCUGGGGAAGCCCUGCCAUGGAUGGAGGCUGAGUCCCUAGACCGCAACGGCAGCCUGGAGUUCUCCACCGCCCCGUUAGAGUUCCCCAUCAACCCCUGGGACAUUAUGCUCUGCAUGUCAGGCACUGUCAUCGCCUGUGAAAACGCCAUAGUGGUAGCCAUCAUCUUCUACACGCCGACACUAAGGACUCCCAUGUUUGUGCUGAUUGGGAGCCUGGCCACAGCGGACCUGCUGGCUGGCAUGGGAUUAAUCCUGAACUUUGUGUUUCAGUAUGUGAUCUCUUCUGAGACUAUCAGCCUUAUCACUGUAGGUUUCCUGGUGGCCUCCUUCACUGCCUCCAUCAGCAGCCUCUUGGCCAUAACAGUGGACCGUUACUUCUCCCUCUACAACGCCUUGACAUACUUCUCAGAGAAGACGCUGCAGUACGUACACCUGAUGUUACUGGGGACCUGGGGGGUGUCUCUGUUCCUGGGCUUGCUGCCGGUGCUGGGUUGGAACUGCCUGGACGAGCCGGCCUCCUGCAGCAUCGUCCGCCCUUUGACCCGGAGCAACGUCACGCUCCUGGCCACGUCCUUCUUCGCCAUCUUUGUGCUCAUGCUCACCCUCUACUUCAAGAUCUGCAAGAUCGUGUGCCACCACGCCCACCAGAUCGCCCUCCAGCAGCACUUUUUUGCCACGUCGCAUUAUGUCGCCACUAAGAAGGGGGUCUCCACUCUUGCUAUCAUCUUGGGGACGUUUGGCGCCAGCUGGCUGCCCUUCGCCAUCUACUGCCUGGUGGGCGAGAAGGAGUAUCCAUCAGUGUACACCUAUGCUACACUGCUGCCAGCCACCUACAACUCUAUGAUCAACCCCAUCAUCUACGCCUACAGAAAUGCAGAGAUCCAGCGCUCCAUCUACAUGCUUCUCUGUGGCUGCUUUCAGGCCAACGGGGCCUACCGGUCCAGGUCACCAAGUGAAGUCUAA